GUAAUAUUAUUAAAAUAUAUUUUUGUCAUCAAAGUGAACAAGUAGUUUUGUUUUAUUAAUUUAAUUGGUAAUAUCACAAAGUAUGCUUUUGUCAACUGUUUUAUUUGCCUCAAUUGUGCUCCAGUUAACAACGACAACCACAGCUGAAUGGAAAUCAUGUUUCGAUGAUUCUUGUCCAAUAAAGAACCUUGAAUUUUCCGACGAAUCUAGUUCUAAAAACGAUAAAGGCCUGACAGAUAGUUGGAAAAGGGCUUAUGCAACUUUAAAUGACAACCCAGUCUCCUUUUCAUUGGGAUAUGCCGAAUCUGGUGGUGUUGAUCGAUUAGACGCAAUUGCUUGGGGAGAAGGCGAUUCAAAUGUUUUAUUCACUUGUGGUCCUGUAGCUACAACAGUUGCUCAUUUCAUUAUCUACCCAAUAAUAAAUGGAACCGCAAUUUAUGUCAAUGGUAAAGAAUAUUGUUCCUGGUCAGUGGAUAUAAACAACUCUUCAUAUCCUUUCGAACUGAUUGAUCCUCCUCAAUAUUACAUCUCACAAAGUGGAUACCAAAUCUAUUACAACUUAAACCAAACUGUUCCUAUUGCUGCAGCUAACUACAGUCAGUUACCUGAAAGUGUUGAACCAUUUGUUGAUGGAUAUCGGUACAAAGCUGUUGGAUCUGAAAAGUAUCUGUUGGUUGCUAGAGAAGCAAAUAAGUCGAUUGAUUUCUUGUUAAAAGUGAAUGGAGAAACUCCAAGAUUGAUUGAAGUUCACCUAAUGAAUGACAUAAGUCUAGUUAUUGAGUGCAAUUUUAAGGAACGAGACAUAACUGCAUAUGCAAAAAUUUAUGCGGUAAAAAACAAUUUAUGGAAUCGAAUACGAGAUGCCAAAAUCGAUGGAAAUGAGUGUCGAUGGUCAUUACCUGAUUCUUUCGAUACUCUUUAUGGUCCAGUAAAUCUUAAGGAAACAGCUUAUGAAUUGGAGAUAAUUGAGAACAAUAUGUUUGUUCAUCUUAAUGAGUAUAAUUUCAAAAUAGCAACACUCACCUCUGUUUAAACUAAAUUAAUUACGAGUUUUGUUUAAAAUGCAUCGUAAAAAUAAACUUACAGUAAAAUUGAUUGCACGAAAAAAUGCUCUUUUCUUGAAGUUUAAGAUUAAAUAUAUUAAAAUAAUUAAAAGAUCGAUGUAAUAAA